AUGCACGAGCGUCGACGAGUGUGUCAGAUUGUUCCAGGCGUGAGAAACCAGCACUACGUUCAUGGAAAUGUUCUUAUGCACUUUCAGGACAAGCUGGUCAAGUGUAUCAAAGAAGGAAAAAGAUUCAGACUUGUGGGGGAUAAUGUAAACUUUAUGGUGGAAGUAAGUCAUCUCCGGAAAUCUGGUGAAAAAAAAACAAGCAUGGCACACUGGUUUGGGUCUGCGACAAACAUCCAGGAGAUUAGUUUCAAUUCCCUUCCGGUGCAGCACAACAUGUCCUAUUGCCCCGACAUUAUUGUUGGUGAAGAAGCUGACUGCCUCAAAACAAAGCAUACUGUUAUUCCUCUUCCUGUGCUUCCAAAGAAUGAACAAACUUACUCUGAUGUAGUUGAUGUUCUUGAUCACUGUAAGUCCUUGAUCUCAGAAAUGUAUGGAAAAGCUGGAAUUGAUCUUGGUGAAAACUGUAGCAUCCACAUUGGAGGUGACCAGCUGACCCGUGAAAGAUUCUCUGGAGCUAAAAGACUUAGGGCUUCAACUGACAAUGAUGCUGAUCCAGUGAACAAAUUUCCACAUUUGUCUCCUAUAACUUUUGAACUGUUUCAUUUGCAGAUGACAGUCCUUGCGAUGAUGUAUAAGGUCUUGUACAAUGAAAAGAGUACUGAAACAGGUACACUUGGAGCUGAAAAGAUCAGACUGGGACAUGCAUACAUCGUAGAAGCUGCCUGUGACUACUUUGGUAUGGAUUCUGCGCAAGAUAAACCAACAAAGCAUCUUGAUGGUGAACUGAGUUUGAUGUCCGAUGCAGAAAAAGCUGCCUGGGUUAAGGGCAAGUCUCCACAGGGUUUCCGAGAUGAUUAUCAGUCCUAUGCCAGGAAUGUUCUUGAGAUUGGCCUUCUCUUCAAGAACCUCUCAGAUGCCAUCAAAUGUCCAGACAGGAACCGCAUGAUGAGGAUAUUAAAAUACACAAUGAUCAUGCUAAAAGGUCAGAACAAUCGGAGCAAAUAUGCACUGGAAAUACUCAGAUUUCUGUUUCAUCAAAUGGCUACACUGAGCAAACAGAGAGCUCAUGAGGCAUUCUAUGGGCAGUCUGAUAUGCUGAUGGAACACAUAGUGAAGCAGACAAAGAGUCACAUCAAAGCUGUUCACUCUAACAAAACUGAGAAAACACUGAUAAAGAGAACUGCUUCAUUUGCUGGCAUUUCCACAAUUUCUGAGAAUUUUGAUGAACAAACUGGUGUCGUAAUCAGAGCACAGAAGCACAAAAUUCCUUCAUCUGUUAAGGAUGAAGAACUUUUGACAAAGAAUCUUCGCAGGAUCAAACCAUUUCAGUGUCACCCUGGACGCCAAAUCCAAUCUGUAUCAAGGUUGUCGAAGAGCCCUGUCUGCAACAUGAAAAAGGCAAAACUCAUCACAUGGAUCAGAGAAAUUCAACUUAACUACAGCCAUGAGAUUGAAAAGUAAAUAUGUGCAGUACCUGAACAUUGACUUUAAAUGUUGAGAUCCUUAUGUAGAUAUAUAACUGAAGCAAACAUUUACUGAAGGUGUGAUUUGACUGUUGAACUUGAUAUUUGAAAACAUUUAUCAUCCAGUGCAUUUCAGGCAUGGAUAGAGCAAAGCUGUUAUGGUUUCUUGUUUAAAACAAUUGUGAUUACCUCAGGGCGUGGAUAUUCUUUUCACUUGCUUGAUGAUAUUGUCCAGUAAUUCAGCUAUGUCCAUAUCAAGUUGAAAUUCUUCAGCAAGGACAUGUUUGUUGAAGACAUCUGGAGCACUGAUUAUUUGUUGGAUUGCAGAUGUUGGAAGCUUUUCUCUUAGAUACUGUGUUCCAUCCAUUACUAUGUAGUCAG